CUGGAAUUCUUCCGGACUCCGCGGAGCCUGAUCCCCGCCUUUCAUCCUCUCCCAGUCCGCCCACGCCGGCGGCUCCGGCGCUUUUCAUGUUCCCUCUCCGACGGCUUUUCCUGGGAAUGGGGCUCCCAGAGCCGCCCUUCCCGUCCCGCCGGAGCGCCCCGGGCUCCGCUUUGCCCUCUGGAACGAAAUUCAUGGAACCCUGGAAUUGGUUGGAAGGGACCCUGGGGAUCAUCCCAUGGGCAGGGACACCUCCCACCAUCCCAGGGUGCUCUGAGCUGGAAUUGGGCACCUCCAGGGGUGGGGGAUCCAUGGAAAAACAGGGAGGAAUCUCCCAGUGUUCCGGCAGGAAUCUGUGGGGAAAAUUCCGACACGGGAAAAAAGAAAAACAACAAAUUCCAGGAAUGUCCGAGUGGCCAAAACCAGGAUGAGGGAAAGACACACGGACAGGGGUAGGGGAAGGAAUCCUGCUGGGAAGGAAUCCAGGAUUUUUGGCACCUCUCUGGCUGGGAGAGGGGCUUCUGGAGCAGGGAAGGGCCUAUCCAGAGCCAUUCCCAACAAUUCCUGACCGUUCCCAACCAUUCCCAAGCAUUCCCAGCCUUCCCGGCGUGGCCAGCGGUGCAGGGGCGUGCCGGGCAUGUUCCUGCUGGCCCUGCCAGCCAGGGGGGUUGGCCAGGAAAUCCGGGAGCUUCCCGAUCCCAAAGCUGCUCCUGCCGGAGCCGGAGCUUCCCAGAGGGAAAAUUCCCGUCGGAAUCGCCGCUCUCCCAGGCCCAGGCUGAGGUUCCUCCACUCUGAGGAGGGCGAUGGCUCCAGGGAGCGCUCCCGGAGUGGAGGACGACAACUGGGGCGAGACCACCACGGUGGUGACGGGGACGUCGGAGCACAGCAUCUCCCACGAUGACCUCACGCGCAUCACCAAGGACAUGGAGGACAGCGCCCACCUGGACUGCUCCCGCCACCUGGGCGUGGCCCUGGGCGUGGCCCUGGCGCUCCUGGCCUUCCUCACGCCCUUGGCCUUCCUCCUCCUGCCGCAGCUGCUGUGGCGGGAGGAGCUGGAGCCCUGCGGGACGCCCUGCGAGGGGCUCUUCAUCUCGGUGGCCUUCAAACUCCUCAUCCUCCUGCUGGGCAGCUGGGCCUUGUUCUUCCGCCGCCCCAAAGCCUUCUUCCCACGCGUCUUCGUCUUCCGCGCCCUCCUCAUGGUGCUGGUUUUCCUGCUGGUCGUCUCCUACUGGCUCUUCUACGGCGUGCGGAUCUUGGACUCGCGGGACCGCAACUACCGCGGCGUGGUGCAGUUCGCCGUGUCCCUGGUGGACGCUCUGCUCUUCGUCCACUACCUGGCCGUGGUGCUGCUGGAGCUGCGGCAGCUCCAGCCCCAGUUCACGCUCAAGGCCGUGCGCUCGGCCGACGGCGCCAGCCGCUUCUACAACGUCGGCCACCUCAGCAUCCAGCGAGCGGCCGUGUGGAUCCUGGAGAAUUACUACCACGACUUCCCGGUCUACAACCCCGCCCUCCUCAACCUUCCAAAAUCCGUCCUUUCCAAGAAAAUGUCCGGCUUUAAGGUCUAUUCCCUCGGCGAGGAGAACUCCACCAACAACUCCACGGGGCAGUCGCGGGCGGUGAUCGCGGCGGCGGCGCGGCGGCGCGACAACAGCCACAACGAGUUCUACUACGAGGAGGCCGAGCACGAGCGCCGGGUGCGGAAACGCCGCGCCAGGCUGGUGGUGGCGGUGGAGGAGGCCUUCACCCACAUCAAGCGGCUGCAGGAGGAGGACCAGAAGAACCCGCGGGAGAUCAUGGACCCGCGCGAGGCCGCCCAGGCCAUCUUCGCCUCCAUGGCCCGGGCCAUGCAGAAGUACCUGAGGACCACCAAGCAGCAGCCCUACCACACCAUGGAGAGCAUCCUGCAGCACCUGGAGUUCUGCAUCACCCACGACAUGACCCCCAAGGCCUUCCUGGAGCGGUACCUGACAGCCGGUCCCACCAUCCAGUACCACAAGGACCGCUGGCUGGCCAAGCAGUGGACGCUGGUCAGCGAGGAGCCGGUGACCAACGGCCUCAAGGACGGCGUGGUCUUCGUGCUGAAGCGCCAGGACUUCAGCCUGGUGGUGUCCACCAAGAAGAUCCCGUUCUUCAAGCUCUCCGAGGAGUUCGUGGACCCCAAGUCGCACAAGUUCAUCAUGAGGCUGCAGUCGGAGACCUCGGUGUGAUCGGACUUUUCCCGAAUCCUUCCGGCUCCGAAUCUCCCAAUUUGGCUCCUCCGGCGCCGCGGAAAACCGGGAAUGCCGCUCCCGGCUCCGGCGCCUUGCUGGGAUCAUGACCACUCGUCCUUUCUUGAGGUGGCUGAGCCCCUUCUUCUCCUCCUCCUCCUCCUCCUCCUCCUUCUCCUCCUCCUCCUCAUUCCCAAAAUCCGGAUCCUUUGGAGCCGUAACUCAAGGGCUAAUUCCAAGAAUUCCCAACUUCCUUCUUCACCAGCGUCCUGGAGCAGCCCGGGGUCCCACAGACCUCCUGCUCCUGUCCGUGUUCUCCUGGACAACUGUCCUGGCUCUGGCCUUAAACCACUGCCCGGCCCCGGGGCCGGGCUUGGAAUCCCAAGGGAAUUUCUUGGGCGGGGGGAAGGAUUUUGGAAUCAUCUCCAGGAAUCCGUGGCUGCUAUGGAAAAGCUCCCCCUGGUGCAUCCCAGGUUUUGGGAGCGUCCUCCUCACCCCUGCUGAUUUUUUAGGAAAAACGAGCGGAAAUCUGGGGGUUUUUGGAGGAGCUGAAGGUUGAAUUGAGGUUUUGGGAGGGUUUUUUUGGGUGGGUUUUGCUGCUUGGGGGGAUCCACGUCCCAAAUUCCAGCAGCGGCUCCGUGGGGCUUCCCGGUGCCGUUGGAGCAAUCCUGGAUCCGUAACCCUGAGCAGCUCCUGGAGAUGUCAGCGAGGUCCUUCAGGAAGAUCCCUCAAAUCCCGGCCCCGUGGUGAUCCUGCAGAAUUCCCAUCGGGAUGCAAAAAAAAGCUUUUUUUUGCCUUCUCCUGGUUUUGUUUUUAAGGUCACAAAUACCUCACGGAUGGAUUUGGAAUUUUAUUCCAUUUUUUUUUUUUUCUCUCCAGCUUCCACCUGCACCCUCGUGGGGCCGGAAGUGCCGGAUUUCAUUCCAGGGAGGCGUUUUGGGGUCGGGUUUUGGGGUCGAUUUUGUCCUAAGCACUAAAAAGGGGGAGUUUGGAGCCAGGGGAGGCUUCCCCAGUAAGCACCAGUAGCAAAAUGGGGGGAUCCAUCCCCUACCCGAAUUCCAGGAAAUCCCUGGGUUUUUUGGGGAAUGUUUGGGGGGAAUAAUUUUUUGGGGGAAUUUGAACUGGGAGCCCAUUUUGGGGCAUUUUCCUGCCAGAAAAAAAAAAAAAAAGAAAAAAAAAAGAAGCAGAUGGAUCUUCCUGGGAGGGGUGGGGAGUUCACGAUUCCAUUUGGGAAUUUUGGGAGAUGAAAAUUCCCUUUCUCUGGUUCCGUUUUUGGGGUUGGGUUUGGAUUUCGUUUUCCCGCAGAGCCGAGAUUUCUGUGCAUGCGUGUAGAAAGUUGUAAAAUGUCAAAUUAAUGGUUUUUAAUAUAUAAAGAGAGCUUGGAGUUUCCCGGAGUUUUGCAGUGGGUCGGAGCAUUCCGGCAGUGGUAGGAAUUUUUUCCGUUGGUGUUUGGUUGUUUUUUUGGGUUUUUUUGUUUUGUUUUGUUUUGUUUUGUUUUUUCAUAGAGGAACUAAAAUUGUACAAUUUUGUUUUUUUAAUAAAAUAAAUCUGUUUUGACUUUU